AUGGUGACGGUGGCGCUCACCGGAACAGGCUGCAUUGUCGCCUUCGUUGGUUAUGUCAGUUAUAUAGAUUUCAUGAACAACUUGGGCCACUGCAACUUCGAGCUCAUACCCAACUGGCUCUUCUCCAUCUUCCCUCCUCUCAAGUACCUCAUGUACACUCCCUCGUUUCAUUCACUGCACCAUACUCAAUUUCGAACCAAUUAUUCUCUUUUCAUGCCAAUCUACGACUACAUAUAUGGCACCGUAGACAAAUCUUUAGACACCCUAUACGAAACCUCGCUCCGUCGGCCAGAGGAAUCACCGGAUGUCGUGCAUCUGACACAUUUGACAACGCCGGAAUCCAUCUACCAUCUCCGGCUAGGGUUUGCAGCCUUUGCCUCUAGACCUGAUACUUCAAAAUGGUACUUGUGGGUAAUGUGGCCUGUGACGCUUUGGUCCAUGAUGGUGACUUGGAUCUACGGAAAGACCUUUGUAGUUGAGAGAAAUAUCUUCAAGAACUUGAAAAUACAAACCUGGGCUGUACCCAAGUACAGGAUACAAUACUUCAUGCAAUGGCAAAAAGAGGCCAUCAAUACUUUGAUUGAGGAAGCCAUAUUAGAAGCUGAGGAAAGAGGAAUCAAGGUGUUGAGUCUUGGUCUUUUGAAUCAGGGGGAGGAGCUGAACAGAAAUGGUGAACUUUAUUUGAGAAGGCAGCCUCAGAUAAAAGUGAAGGUGGGGGAUGGAAGUAGCUUAUCAGUUGCAGUUGUGAUAAAUAGCAUUCCCAAAGGAACAACCCAAGUGAUCCUUAGAGGAAAUAUAUCUAAGGUUGCUUAUUCCAUUGCCCUUGCACUAUGCCAAAGGGGUCUCCAGGUAGCCACACUACGCCUGGAUGAGUAUAAUAGGUUUAAAGCAAAGGUUGACCCUGAGGCAGCAAGCAAUAUAGUCCUCUCAAAAAGUUAUGCUGUGAAGAUAUGGGUAGUAGGAGAUGGAUUGACAGAAGAAGAUCAAUUGAAGGCACCAAAAGGAACAAUAUUCAUUCCAUUCUCACAAUUCCCUCCAAAGAAGAUCCGGAAGGACUGUUUCUACUACAAUACUCCCGCAAUGUUGACUCCCAAGUAUCUUGAGAAUGUCGACUCUUGUGAGAACUGGUUGCCAAGGAGGGUGAUGAGUGCAUGUCGUGUAGCUGGGAUAUUGCAUGCAUUGGAAGGCUGGAAUGUGCAUGAGUGUGGCAACAUGAUGUUCAACAUUGACAAAGUUUGGGAAGCCAGUCUUCAACAUGGGUUUCGCCCUUUGAUGAUGUCCUCUGAAACAAAGCCUUGA